AUGUCGGCGAAGCAAGAUGGUUCAACAGCGGAGUCGAGGAAGGCACCGCACAGCUACCGUGAAAGGGUCAACUCAACGGUCGAGCUUGCGGCGCUCGUGUACAGGCCCCUCACAGCGUCGGGUGCUCUGCUUAGUAUUCUGCGCGGCAAGCUCUACCGUCGGCGCAGCGUGCGCAACGUGCUAGAUGUGGUGGCAGUGCGCUCUAUCUCAGGCGGUCAAGGGCACUCCGCCGAAUCGAAGGUUCGCGUGGAGUACCUCACACCUGCAGAGGGCAACGCCAACGGGAACAGUAUCAGCAACAUCAGCGCUGCCCCCUGCGCCGACAUCCGAGGCAGCUCAGACACCGCUGCCACGAGCAGCUCGCCGUCGACUCCUGCUCAGCCGACCCUCCUCGAGGGGCGCUGCAAGAUGUGCCUCCUAGACCCAACAGUCCUCAAGGCUACGGAGCUGUGCCCCGACCCUGCCUCGGCGGCCCAACACUGCACGCCUGUUUUUUUACUUGGUGCCGCCGUUGUCGGCUCCCACGUCACCCGGCAACUAGAGGCCGCCGUGCAAGCAGGUCAGCUGUCUCGCAAAGCCGCUGAUCUGCUUCAGCAGCUCCAUGAACGCCUCGCCGGGGGCCCCUCCUCGGUAAGCCUCACGGAGGACACGGACGGCAGCGAGCAGCCGCAGGGAUUGCCUCGUGCGGCUGCAGCGCCGCCACCGCCUUCCAACAAGAGGCGAGCGUCUUACACGGGUGCGGUGGAAGUGACCUUCACCCCUCGUGCGGUGGAGCUUAACUACCAGGCGUACACAAUGUCGGAGCUGCUCUCGAUGGUGUUGCCCCUCCGCGAGCACGCCGACCUCGUGGCGCUCAGCGGCUUUGAGCAAGUCGGGCACAUCGCCCACGUCAACCUCUCCGCUGCGCAUCUGCCGUACGCUGAUAUUAUUGGCCAGGUCAUCCUCGACUGCAACGAGACGGUGAGCGUGGUGGUGAAUAAGGUGGACGCGAUCAGCAGCGUGUUUCGCGAAUUCAAAAUGGACAUCAUUGGGCUGCGCCGCCGCACGGAUAGCGUUGAUGGGAAUGUUGUAGCGGGUGCCGACCUCGAUGACGCUGGUGAGGCUGGGGGCUCGCUGACGGCGGCAGAGAGACAGGCGAUUGCGCUGGAGGCGUUGUCGCCCACCUACUCCCUUGCCGAGGCACGAGUCCAUCGCCUGCUGACGGCAACGGUUCGCCAGCAUGGCUGCAGCUUUCGCGUGCCGUACAAUCGCGUCUACUGGAACUCGCGCUUGAGCUUCGAGCACACGCGGCUGGUGGAUCGGAUGAGACCGGGGGACGUGCUGUUCGACGUCAUGGCCGGCGUGGGCCCGUUCGCUGUGCCUGCAGCGAAGAAGGGCGUGCAGGUCUUCGCCAACGACCUCAACCCGGUGGCAGCGCAGUACAUGAAAGUGAACGCGGAGCUUAACCAUCUGCCCGCCAACGCCCUCCAUGUAUUCAACAUGGACGGGCGCGACUUUCUGAACUCGGUGCUCUUCACCAGCGUCACCAGGGCUGCGGAUGCGUCGCUCCCAGGACACCUCUGCACCGGCCGCCGCCACGUGACCAUGAACCUGCCAGCCAUUGCAGUCGAGUUCCUCGACGUGUUUCAGCCACUCUCCAGUACCUGUGCUCCCGCUAGCGAGCAGCGGUGCAACGCGUCCGCUGCAGCGGUCGUGAACGAACGGUGGAAUCACUUGCCAGCCCACGUGGAUCCCAACGCCAUCGACCGCCGCACCCUCUUCCACGUGUACUGCUUCUCGGCCGCCGAAGACCUCAUCACCGACGCCGUGCGGCAAGUGGAGGUGAACCUCGGCUACACUCUCCCACCGGAGAAUAUCGAGGAGACGCUCAUGGUGCGGGACGUUGCGCCGACGAAGCGGAUGAUGUGCGUCAGCUUUACACUGCCGCCAGCCUUCUGGAAAAACCUGCUCGCCUCGCGGCCCGGCCAAGGAGGCGAACCAGGAGGAGCUCACGCAGAGACGGCCAGCACGCUCGUGGAGGUGGAGCAAGCCGCAAAGAAGGCCAGGCCAGAUAAGAUGUAA